AUGGCCCCCUUCAUGCUGGAGCUAAACAUCAGAGCUCCUCGCGCCCACCUCCCAGCCGGGUGCGGCUACGAGCGGCUGGGAGGAGACCCUGCCACGUCCCCGCAUCCAGGCCCCGGGGCUCGGCGCGAUCUCCCUUGGCCGGGGCAGGGCGGUGCAGUGUCCGCGGUGAAUCCUUCCUCUCCCGGGCGCGUUCAGCCUCUUUCCCUCCGUGCCGCAGGGCGGCUGCGCUGUAGCCUGUGCCCACAGCUGUGUGUGAGCGAGGCCCGGGGCGGGGGCGGGCUGCGCCGCUGUCUCUUGACAACGGGCCCCGCGGCCGCCUCCUGCCGGCGCCCGGGCGCUCUCACGCGGGGCAGAGACACCCGGCGGCUGCCCCGCUCCGCCUGCGGGCGCCACCUUGCCGUGCCCGGGGUCGAAGCGCUGCGGGGCUCUGCAAGCGGCGCUGCCGGCCGGGGGCCUCGGGCUGCGGGAAGUAGCCGCUCCUGCCAGGACACGGCGUAUCCGCAAAUGGUGCGGACUGCGCCACAGACACAGACAAGAAGAAGCUGCCGUGCACAGACCCGCAGAAACCACACAGAAGGCGCAGAGAAUAGACACAGCCUGGAAAGAAGGGACUCAGCAGGGGAGGAAGAAGAUGACAACAUGGGUCAGCACAUCUCACAGGUUCCAGAUAAAACAGAGGGAGCCAUGGUUUAGGGAUAUCACACCAGCAGGAGCACUAUUUCUCUGCACUGCAAGAAGUGCGGUAAGAGGGAAAACGUCACCUGGUCUUU